AUGACAUAUCAAAACAUUUAUAUCCCCUAUGAUUGGGCGGAUAGCCAAGAAAAACACAAGGAGAAGACCGAGGUUCAAGCUUGUGUAUUUUGGAUGGUGGAAAAAGAGGAUAACAUAAACACCCAAAAACUCGAAGAUGAGAGUAGUUAUGAUGCUUUUGAUACAAAAUCUGAGUUGGAGAAUUAUAACCAAGAAGCUUUCUUCCAGAGAUGGACUGGACAAGGAGCAUUGAAAAAUGUCGUGUCUUGCGCUUGUGUUCGCAAGAGCGGGAGGAAAGUCACUAAAGAAGUUGUCAAGUCUGCACUUGACACUGGAACCCUCACUUUUCCUUCUUGCCUUAAACAGUCGGGGCCUCUUGACUUGCCUAUUCAGUGUGUUGUAACACAGGAUAAAAGAAUUCAACAUAUUACCAUUAUCUUAGCCUACCUCCAUGUAACAAUAACAGAAAAGGGGAAAUUUCUCUUGGCUGCUCGAAGAUAUGGGCAAGGUGCACACACUAAGUAUAUUAUAUCGCUUAAUGCUGAUGAAAUAUCUCAAGGAAGUAAUACCUAUGUUGGAAAGAUAAAGGUAACGAAUGUCCGUUCGCAUAUCAUUGGGACCAACUUCAGAAUAUAUGAUAGCCAGCCUUCUAGUGAUAGAAGAAGAGUUAACAGCUUACAACUUCAGCAUCCUGCAUUAUCGUUCCCCAGACGAAUGAGAUGUAUGGUGAAAGGUCUAGACCAAAAUACAACGAAGAAACGGGAUGGAUCAUAUGAUACAGUUGGAGAAUAA